UCUCAAGUUUCUUGAGCUGACGUCUCAAGCUGAAAUGGUACAGAAAAAGUUUUCAGCGUCCAAAUUGCUGUCCUGAGCGAAAGGCAAUCCAGUCAUGAUCAUCAUUACCCUGACAAAGAGAACCACAAAAUGUAAAGCCUUUUCGUUCCACCCUCGCGUUUGCGAAUCCAAAAAGGUCCGAAAAUUCUCGAGGACCCUUCCACUCCACGAGUCAACCAACCAACCAAGCAACCAGCCAAGCAACCAGCCAAAUACCCUGGAAACGAGGACGCUACUUCAUUUAUACAACUGCCAAGAGUCCACGUGCUUUGUCAAACCAAAGACCACCCCAACCACCAACCAGGGCCAAUAUUACCCACUAUGGAGAGGUCCGUUCCUACUGGCACUUCCCGACCAAGGUUGUCUUUGAACUCGACGAAGGAUUUGUCCGGCUCAGUCGCUCUCGAUGAUGGGGUAUAAUUGAAUCUGGUAGUGCUUCUGUUGGCUUUGUGUGUGUGACAGUGAUUUAGUUUUUCCUCACAAUUGCCAGAUCGAAUUAAGGCGAUGGAUUGUUUGUGUGAGAGGGCUGCUUAAUACCACUGUUAAUUAAAUGAUCCAGGCAAGAAAAAAGCCUCUUCAAAAGGGAUGGCCCUUGAAGUUUCAAAUGAUUGGAAGUGUAAAUCAUCACCAGGGGAUUGGAGAGUCAGUCCAGUGACCACGUGAGAGUGAGGAGAUUUGUCAGCCAUCAAAUCUUAAGAGCCAAGCUGAGACCGCGUUCCAUUAGAAAAAUGGAACCCCAUUUGUCCACAUCCGAUCGCAGACCACUUUCCGUCGUCACCAUGGAUAGUAUUAGUAUCACACCUAAUCCGGUGGGUGCCAUUAACGCAGUUUUGAUCCCUGCCUCUGGCGCCCAUGUGUACGCAAAUCCUCCCACUCCAUCCUAUGGGAUAUCUCCAACACCGCCCACCUACUACUUGGUCCAACAGCCUCAUAUGAUUCAUCCCGAGCACGUGGUGAAGGUUGGAGAUUCAUUUGAAGGUCGCUUUCGAGGCGAGGAGGAACCCGAACGAGAACGAGAGGGGAAAGAAAAGAGAUUUCGAAUCCCCAGCAUCUCUCCAACGUCAAGUUGCACGUCUCUUAUUCCAACGAAAACUCCGCUCCCAGUUUUUGGCGCUGACGACAUCGACGUCGGGAUUGGCAUAUGCGGAUGGCUUCUUACAGCGGUCUCUUGGUUCAUAGUCAUUAUCACACUGCCAUUUUCCUUAUGUGUGUGCUUCAAGGUUGUGCAAGAAUACGAACGAGCAGUCAUAUUCAGAUUAGGACGCCUUCUGGAUGGCGGCUCCAAAGGACCAGGUAUAUUCUUUGUGCUUCCUUGCAUUGAAAGCUAUCAAAAGGUGGAUCUGAGGACCAUUACCCUCGAUGUUCCUCCUCAAGAGGUACUUACACGUGAUUCGGUGACGGUCUCUGUGGAUGCUGUGGUUUACUACAGGGUGUCCAAUGCCACGGUUUCGGUGGCGAAUGUGGAGAAUGCCCACCAUUCCACGCGUCUCCUGGCACAAACCACUUUAAGGAACAUCCUGGGAACCAAGAACCUCCACGAAAUUCUCAGUGAUAGAGAGAGCAUAUCAGCAUCCAUGCAGUCUGCCUUGGACGAAGCCACCGAGCCCUGGGGAAUCAAAGUGGAGAGAGUGGAGAUAAAGGACGUCCGCCUCCCAGUCCAACUCCAACGUGCUAUGGCCGCUGAGGCCGAAGCAGCCCGAGAAGCCCGGGCCAAGGUGAUUGCCGCUGAAGGAGAGCAAAAGGCCAGUCGAGCUCUGCGUGAUGCUGCAGAUGUCAUUACCACAUCGCCGUCCGCGAUUCAAUUGAGAUACCUUCAGACCCUAAAUUCAAUAUCGGCCGAGAAGAACUCAACCAUUAUUUUCCCGAUUCCAUUGGAUCUCAUAUCCAACCUGAUGAAGCGAAACUGAGUCACGAGGAUUAAAUUGUCAACACCAGAAGCCCAAAAGCCCGAGAGAAAGGAGAAGGCCAUUCUGUUGAAACGAAUUUAGUUCCCUCUCCAUCCAGCCUUUCCCUUCACAAUCCGAGAACCAGAUCCACACUUUAAAUGCCCCACACAGAGAUACACACACGUCAUUCUUCGAUAUCAAUACAACAACAAACGAAUGGCGGCAAAGGUUUUCAUACAUCAUAAUCAGAUGCUAGAAAUCAGUUAACUCGUUUGCUAAUGGCAUCAGAUAAAGAAUGUUGAUUACAUGAUCAAAUGCUAUUAGACUUGUUUAUCUUUUAGUUCUUUACGGUACAAUCCCAAGAACAUACAUUUCUUUACAAUAUAAUUCUUUACACACUCAAAA